UCUUUUAGGAAAGUAAUGAGUGGAGAGGAAUCUAGGAGAGGCUCAUGGAGGGGGGAGAGAGGUGGAUGGAGAGGAGGAAGGGGAGGAUGGAGAGGAGGUGGUGGUGGAUGGAGAGGAGGUGGUGGUGGUGGUGGAGGAGGAGGAUGGAGAGGAGGGGGAGGAUGGAGGAGUAGACCAUGGAGAGGAGGAUCGACAGGUGGAGGAGGAGGAAGAGGUUCAGGGGGAGCAGCAGCAGCAGCAGGAGGAGGAGGAAGAGGGUGGAGAGGCGGAGGUGGUGUUGCGGGAAGAGGAUCAGGAAACUAUCAGAGAGUCCUUUGUCAGGCUACCUUAGAUGUGUUGUGUCCGUACAAAGGAUGGACACUCUACUUCACAGAAGGCUUCAUAGAGAGCUCACCCAGUGUGGAGAAGAUCAAAGUGUUUGAGAAAUAUUUCACCUCCAAGAUUCACCUGUAUGACAAGGAUGAAAUUGAGCGCCAGGGCAGUGUAUUGGUGGACUAUGCAGACUUGACUGGAGACAAAUAUGUGCUUAAAGCACUUCCUGAUCUGACCAAAGAGCUGAAGGAACAGCCAGAGGUGAUACUCAACUGUUUGGGAAUGGCCGUUCACCAGGUGCUGACUGUAGAUUUGGAGAAACAGGCUGCUGAACUACAAGGGGAAGAGCUUCCUGUCGCUACACCAAUCAACAUCCCUCACAUUAGCGCGAGGCUGUAUAACUAUGAACCGUUGACUCCGCUGCGGACGCUGCGUGCCAGUGUGUUUGGGCGGCUGGUGUGUGUGAGGGGAACAGUGGUCAGAGUGAGCAAUAUCAGACCUCUGUGUACCAGGAUGGCCUUCAGGUGCCUGGUCUGCUCGAACACACUGUCUCUGCCACUGCAGCAUGGGAAAUACACUACACCUACCAAGUGUAUCAAGCCUGACUGUCGCAGUCGUUCCUUCGCCCCCAGCCGGAGUUCUCCUCUUACUCACACAGUAGACUGGCAAAUCAUCAAGGUGCAGGAGUUGAUGGGCGGAGAACAGAGGGAGACUGGACGAAUCCCGCGUACAGUGGAGUGUCAACUGACCUCUGACCUCUGUGACAGCUGCGUCCCUGGAGACACAGUUACAGUGACAGGGAUUGUUAGAGUUACCAACGAUGGGACUUCGCGGGGGAACAAGGAUCAGUGUAUGUUCCUCCUCUACCUUGAAGCCAUUUCAGUCAGUAAUACUAAAGGUCAGCAGUCCAAGUCAGGUCAGGGGUCAAGAGGGUCGCUUGAAGAUCGAUCUGGGGGGGAGGAGUUCAGUCUGAAGGAGCUGUAUGCCAUCCAGGAGAUCCAGUCACAGCCUGACCUACUGAGACUCAUAGUACACUCAAUGUGUCCCGCCAUCUACGGCCACCUGCUGGUGAAAGCUGCUCUGGCGUUGGUGUUGUUUGGAGGCAGACAGAAACACAUGGACAAGAACAGCGUCCCAGUUAGAGGAGACCCACACAUACUGAUGGUGGGAGACCCUGGACUGGGGAAGAGUCAGAUGUUACAGGCAGUGUGUAAUGUGGCUCCCAGAGGAAUCUAUGUCUGUGGCAAUAGCACCAGCACCACGGGACUGACGGUGAGUUUAUCCCGGGACGCAGGGACAGGGGAUUAUGCUCUAGAGGCCGGAGCCUUGGUGCUGGCUGACCAAGGCCUGUGCUGCAUUGAUGAGUUUGAUAAGUUGGGCCACCAGCAGCAGGCUUUGCUUGAAGCCAUGGAGCAGCAGUCUGUGAGUCUGGCUAAGGCUGGAAUAGUUUCCUCUCUGCCUGCCAGAACGUCAGUUGUAGCUGCUGCGAACCCCACUGGAGGUCAUUACAACAGAGGCAAAACUGUUUCUGAAAAUCUGAAAAUGGGCUCAGCUCUUCUCUCUCGAUUCGACGUUGUCUUCCUCCUUCUGGACAUCCCAGAUGAGUCACAUGACCGCCGCCUGUCAGAACACGUUAUGGCAAACAGGGCAGGAAGAGGCAGAACCAGCAGCGCCAUAGUUACCAGGGCUGAUAUCGAAUUAGAGACCUCCAUCCUACUAGAACACUCAGACAUGCCACUAUCUGAACGUUUACAGAUCCCUGCAGGUGAAACUAUAGAUCCCAUUCCAGCUUGUUUAUUAAGGAAGUAUAUCAGCUACGCUCGUCAGUAUGUCCAUCCGGUGCUCUCCCCUGAAGCAGCACAGACACUUCAGGACUUCUACCUGUCACUGAGAUCUCAGGCACACACUGCUGAUUCCACACCCAUCACCACAAGACAGCUCGAGUCUUUGAUUAGACUAACUGAGGCAAGAGCCAGGUUGGAGCUCAGAGAGACAGCUACCAAGAGUGAUGCUGAGGAUGUGGUGGACAUCAUGAAACACAGUCUGGCUGAUACAUACUCAGAUGGUCUGGGCAAUCUGGACUUUGAGCGCUCUCAGCUUGGAUCAGGCAUGAGUCAGCGCAGCGCUGCAAAACGACUGGUCAACGCACUACACUUGCAUGCUCAGAGGACCAGUCAGAAGCAGUUUGACCUUCAGACGCUUCGAGCUGUGGCCGACAAACUGAACAUCAAGGUGAUGGAUUUUGAAGGUCUGGUGAGUUCCCUGAAUGAACAGGGUUUCCUGCUGAAGAAAGGAGCCAAGCUGUACCAGCUGCAGACAGUGUGAUCACUGGCAGCUGCAACAGAAUCAGAAAACACACCUGCUCCUUCCUGCAGACCUCACUACAAGGUCAGUGUUCGGGAUGAAUGAAGAGGGUCUCUCUUGAUAGAAAAGAAGGAAAAGACUUUAUGGGAAACCCAUUAUCCAGAACACUUUCACCAAACCACCAACAAUCAGACUGUGUAACUACUAAAACCUUACAAAGGGUAUCUCUCUGCGGGACCUUGCAGAAACCACUAUUUCCUGAAUGAGCUCAGAUUUCCUGGCAUGAUGGGCCUGACUUGAGAUUUAGUUGUACCUGCACCUGUUAAGUGGGACUAAUACCUUUUCAGAAUUUAAUAAUACAUCUGGGUUUAGACAAGUUUACCGUAAAACAAAAGUUGUGUAGUUGAAUUUUGUUUUUCAAAUUUCUUUGACAAUGUUCUGAACGUCUGAUAGAAGUGGUGAUACUUACAUUCAGUAAAUAUUUAAUAGGUGAUUAUACUGUCUCACCGUCAGUUGUUUUAUACAUUUUGUUUUCCACACAGGGGACUUUUUUGAAUACAGUUAAGUAUCAUUAAAAAAAAUUGCAGCCAAUUUAAAAUCAGCAAUAGCUGAAGCAGGAAGCUUGUUUAGGAUUAAUCUGUUGAUACAGCACCGAUAUUACUUUCCCUAACCAUAAUGCAGACUUGUACUGAUGGGGUGUUGCCAGUGUAUUAUCAAAUUUUUGGGCAUCGGCCUGAAUGAUCCCGUAUUGGUUGUGUAGUAUGUUUAUCUAAAAACAAGUGUGCAGUAUUUGGUUCUCAAUUCUUUCUCAAAUGUUCUGUAUUGUGUAAUGUUUCUGGUUUCUCUUUGUAUGGUAGGCACUUUAUUAGGAACAUUCAGUUAAUAAAUAAUUAUUUUCCUGUAAA